AUGGCUCACACCCUCAAACCAGAUCCAGCCUUCCAGAGGUUCAACACCGCCAAGGAGAAGUUAGGCCACUACUUCCGCUUCAGACCACAAUCUGUUGCAUUCAACGUGUUUGCCAUGGGUAUCGUACCUGUUGCUUUGGCAUACUACGCAUACGGUGCUGAGGGACUUUCCUUCUCCAGAUCCUUUAGAAAGGAUGUUGUGUUGGAGGAGGAGUACGUUCCAAGAAAGAAGGACUUGUAG